ACCGACGAGUCAGUUUCGUUUCCGCUUUUCACAGUUUCUUCCGGAAAGCCGGAACGUGCAGGAGCAGGCGGACGGACAGUACACCCACUGUGCCCAACUCGUGUGUGGCUACAAGAAUUUCCUUGGACCCCGCCCAUUAAAGCGAUUUCAUGGUACACCUCUGUGGACCUGUCUCCCCAAAGUGAAAAGUUGGUGUUUAACUCGUGGAUUCUUGGCCCAGUGAUGAGAGACUUUCAGGGCUGGCUGGAAGCCACAGCCCAGUCUACAGAUGCAGUCUGAAUCCAGCGGGUGUGAAGAGGAGACCCCUUCCCUCUGGUGGGGUUUGGAUCCUGUGUUUCUAGCCUUUGCAAAACUCUACAUCAGGGAUAUCCUGGACUUGAAGGAGUCCCACCAGGUGCCAGGUGUUUUUUUUUACAACGGGCAUCCAGUAAAGCAGGUCGAUAUCUUGGGAACUGUUAUUGGAGUGAGAGAAAGAAACGCUUUCUACAGUUACGGAGUGGAUGAUAGCACUGGAGUUAUAAACUGCAUCUGCUGGAAAAAGCUGAAUAACACCGAGUCUCCCUCAGCAGUUACAGCUGCUCCAAGGGCAAGAGAACUGAGUUUAACCUCACAACUUAAGAAGCUGCAAGAGUCCAUUGAGCAGAGGACAAAGAUAGAAAUUGGGGACGUCGUCCGGGUCAGAGGUUACAUCCGCACGUUCAGAGAAGAGCGAGAAAUUCAUGCCGCUUCUUAUUGUAAAGUAGAUGACCCAGUGUGCAACACUCAAAUCGCAAGGAUGCUCGAGCUGCCCAGUGUGUACAGGAAAGUUUAUGACCAGCCUUUCCGCAGCCAAGCCCUAGAAAAAGAAGAGCUACGCAAAAAUCCAGGUGCCCUGGACCUUGCCAAUCUCACAUGUUUGCUGAGUGAAAAAGCCAAAGAAUUCCUCAUGAAGAACAGAGUGCAAACCUUUUACCAGCAGGAGUUGGAAAUGGUGGAGUCUCUGCUGUCCCUGGCCAAUCAGCCCGUGAUUCGCAGCACCUGCUCCGAGCAAGCAGAUUUUAAGAAUGACACCGCUUCCAAGGCAAUUCAUAGCAUAUUUAAGAGUGCUAUAAGGCUCCUGCAGGAGAAAGGAUUCAUUUACCAGAAGGAUGGCGGUUUUGAUAACCUCUUCUAUGUAACCAGGGAAGACAAAGAACUGCACAGAAAGAUCCACCGUAUCAUUCGGGAAGACUGCCAGAAACCCAACCACAUGGAGAAGGGCUGCCACUUCCGGCACAUCCUGGCCUGCGCCCGCCUGAGCGUCAGCCCGGGCCUGAGUGAGCCCGUGCUGCAGCAGGUGCUGGAGUUCCUGGAGGACCAGAGUGACAUCAUCAGCACAAUGGAGCAGUACUACAUAGCGUUCUGAGGACGGGCCGCAGACAGCCCUGGCGGAGCCGGGGAGGAGGACUGGAGCCGGGGAGGAGGACCGAGUGGUGUUCAUUUCCAGGCCCUGGUUUUAAACAUCAUGCAGAGGCUCAUAGGUCGGAAGGCAGUUAUCUUAUAAUCAACUGUGAAAUACAGUCAUUUGAGGAAUGGAAUUUGGCGUAAAUUCUGUAGGCUGCCUUCUACCUACUAUAUUCUUGGGGCAAAGUGACUUUUCUCAGCCAUGACAUGCAAGAAAACCCUCUCGUUUGACCUCCUCACUGGACUGAGCAUCCUUGGUAAAGCAGAAGGGACGGAGACAGUGUUGGUGGCUGAAUCGGUGUGUGUGGGUGGGACUCUCGUGGUGAAGGGACAUCACAUGGUAAAGCCCGUGGACGUGGGAACUGAAGAGCAUGCAGCCAGAUCACAUGGGCCUGAAACAUUUUAAAAGGUUAGACUAUCAGAAAUAUUCUUGUAUGUCUGCUUAAUGGUUAAGACCCCUGCGUAGGAAGCUAGCUGUCCCUGAGUGAGCGCUGAGGAACUACGCUUUCCAAGGGUCAUGCACCUGUGGUGGGUUGUGAGUCCUGUAUCCAGUGCUUUUACAGACCCACUCAGCGAUGGCAAUAAAUGGGUCCCAGGCAUGGCUCUGGGUCCAUGGUUUUUUCUGAGUCACAAGGUAUCUCCCCACAAAGACUCAGUACGUGCCCGGACAGGCGACAGAGUCACGCCUCUGCUCUGAAUGACAAGGUCAAGGGAAAAAAAUCUGAGGCAUGCAGAGGGCUUGUUCUAACAGCAAAAUGACAAAUCCAGCCAGCAAAAAUCAAGUGUGGAGAAAGAUUUGGAGUUAAUUACAGUCCCCUGUGUUUGCUCCUGAUGUAAUGAGCUCUUAGCGGCUCUGCCACAGAGCCUGCUGGCCUGGGGAGCUGCCCUGCUGUGUGUGGAGGUGAAGGGGUUUUACAUUCAGAGUCAGCCGCAGCUCCUCAUGUCAGGCGGAGGGCUAGCGCUGGCAGACGGCUUUCCGUCAUGGACUCUUCUGACUUGACCCAGACCUCUGCCCUAUUUCUAACAGCGAUUACCUGGGUGGCUGCCCAGGGUCCUCCCUGUGGUGUAGAAGAGGGUCUACCUGGAGUGAUACCCCCAUGGGUCUUCCCCGAGAGUGUUGGCUGUUCCAUAUUGAAUACAUCUCAGAUUAUUGGAACUGCCACGAAGCAGCCUUGGAUGAGGCCAUUAAAAGGGCACACUUCUCUUGCACACAGCAGCCCCACUGCUAGAGUUGAUCCCAAGGGGAUGGCCACACAGGUGUGAAAGGGUGAAUGCACAGAACUCCCACUGCUAUAUAAUUUAGAGUUCUAUGUUGGGGAAAGUAUAGGAAAAAAGUAGUGUAUGUAUAUACAAUUAAAUACUACGCAACCAUUAAACUAAUGGGAGCAGACAGACAUUGCCACAGAGCACUGUUCCCAAUAGAUUUUAGUGGAAAGAAAAUCAAGUUACAGAUCUGUUUAUAUAGUAUGAUACUACUGAUCUAAACCUGCCUGUGUGUACAUAUGUGUCCAAUAUAUCUGUAUAGAGAGUUUCUAUGUGUACCUGUAUAUAAAUAUCGCACAUGGAUACAUUAUAUAUUUUUUUCCUGGGUCGACAGGUAUCUCAGUACAUUUCCCUGCACUGGGGAGAUACAUGGCUAAAUACAGUGCCCCUUAACGCCUUGAAGUUCCUGGAGGCUUUUGGCCAAUUACCUGGCAGUGGCAGACAUCAUUUUCAAGGUUAUCGUUGAAUGUGCAGGACGUCCUGACCCCAUCCAUCCCCAGACAGAGACCCGGUGUGUGCCCGGACAGGUGAUGGAGUCGCACCUCUGUCCCAUAUGACCAGUCCCUGCCCCCAGAUGCCACGCCUGGGGUGCUCUCUCUCAGCCACCUCUGCGCAGUACCCCGUCUCCCUGAGGGCUCCAGCUUCAGUCCCGGACCACGUUUCUGCCUAGCUCGGGUUCCUGGAGAUCUCAGCCAGUCCUGUGGCUCCAACCAUCUAUAUGCUGAGAGGUUCUGCAGUUUACAUCCAGUUGGGACGUCUUCUGAACUCCAAACUGCUGCUUUCAACUUCCUGCUGACCCCUCCAUUGCCCUGCAAAUGACCUAUCUCUGAGGCACGUGUUCCACACCGUUUCCCGGGGUUUCUCUGUGGGAGUUAGCUCCAUCCACCACACCACCAGCUAAUGACAGCCAUCCUUGAUGGGCUGCCUUCCCCUCCCAUACUUCCCCACUCCCCAUUCCUGUCUGGCAUGCCUCCCAUCCUGGUCUCAGGGUCAGUUUCUGGGUGAACGUAAAUGAACACCAUGCUCAUAAAUGUAUUUGAGAAAUGCUGUAUGAAUCACUGUCCACAUCAGACAGAGAUCACUAGAAAUGCUCACCAAAGUGAUACACUUGUUGCCUCAGAAAAGUGAGAUGUCAGACGCUUUUUAACUACAUGUCUGUUCUUUGAUAUGUUUACA